CCGCCCGUGUCCCCCCGGUGCAGUGGGAGCGGCCGUAGGGCUGCGCUCGGGCAGCUGCAGGAGGAAGCGGCGCUGUGCGAACCAUGAUCAUCCCGGUGCGAUGCUUCACGUGCGGCAAGAUCGUGGGCAACAAGUGGGAGGCGUAUCUCGGGCUCCUGCAGGCGGAGUACACCGAGGGAGAUGCCCUGGAUGCCCUCGGAUUGAAGCGCUACUGCUGCCGCAGGAUGCUCCUGGCACACGUGGAUCUGAUUGAGAAGCUGUUGAAUUACGCACCGCUGGAGAAAUGAGAGUUGAUUGACCCAGCCACCAGCUUCUCCCAAGGAAAUAAAUGAAGGCCGACAUCCACUUCACAGCUACAGCUUACAUAUGUAGAUGUUUCUCUUUAAUUACAUACAGGUUGUUAUUGGUUUCUUUUUGUGAACUUUAGGAUGCUUUUGCCCGUAAAAAAUAAAUGUGUUUUAUGAAAUACAA